AUGAAGCGGUUCAUGGCCAUGUUAAGCAGGAAUAAAAACAAGGAUCCCCCUCCCACCAAGCUGCUGGAUCUAGCAGGACAGCUUUGCCAGGACCUCCAGAGCUCGUCUCCUCAUCUGGAGAAGCUGGUUGAGGCCAUUCUGGGAUGCAAACACAAGAUACAUUUUCUCACUAACAUCCACAUUGUCCGAGCUUGUGUGUUUGUUCAUAUCCGUAACAGGCAGCAUGACACAGCCUGCAAGCUCCUGGAGUGUUGCAAGGCAGAAGAGAAGGAGGAGCUGGUACAGCUUUGGCAUGAGAUUCACUACCAGAGAGUUAUGGAGAAACACCACACAGAUUUUCUGACACCACUGCAGAAAUUCCGCUGCAGAAAGAGGAAUCCCCCACCUGUUUCCCUUUGUCCUGAAGGUUUGAAGAGUCGCAACUAUUCAGAUGAAGUACGCCAGCAGUUGCACAGGUUUGCUGCAGAGGUCACAACAAACCCAAACAAGAAGCAGCGGGAGAGGCUGGCUCAGGACAUGAACCUGCAGCCAAAUCAGGUCUAUAAUUGGUUUGCAAAUUAUCGACGGCGUCAAAAAUCCUCCCUCCUUCGUUUGGAAAAGCUCAACAACAUGUGUUCUGAGAGGGCUUUGUCUUACCACACAAAGGAGCAGCAGGAUAAAGGAUCUUAUGCUUCACAAACUGCAGAUGGAUCUCAUGUAGACAUCAGCUCUGAGCAAAUGGAGAUAACCCUCACGCCCUGUGACCCAGGGUGGGAGCAGUCAGCUGCAGAUCUGGAUAAGCCUCCUGAAGGAACGUAUUUAAAGAUGCUGGAAUCCAGUUCCUGUCAGACUAUGUUUGGCAAGCCUCAUUGCCCACCUGUUUCUGCACCCUUCAUGGAAGAAAGCCAAGCCUUGGGACAAAGCCAGGUCCUGGAGGAUCCAGCUGGUGACCCGUUGACCAACGACACGUUCUGGGCAGCGUGGCUGCUGUUCGAAUUCUCGGCCGGGAGACGGAUGUGA